AGGAAACAGAUGAUGAACGGAGUUUUCUCCCUUUCCAUUCAUUUGAUUCCUCUUCAUCAGCUCUCAUUUUCUCGUCGUCUCUUUCGUGGAGUCGUCGGUAGCUAAGCUAGUAUAGUAGCAAAGCAGUACUGGCAGUAGCUGUGUGUGAAAUCCGACAUCCAAAAAGGAAAAAGGGAAGAGCUUUUUCCCCCUUUUUUGGGAGCGAAAUGCUCCUCUUCUUCUUCCUCUAACCACGCGAAUCCACAAUCUUCUUGUCCUCCCUUCGUCAAAACCCUGCGAUUCUCUUUGCGGCAGCCAAUUCCGCCAUUGAAGGGUGCCGCUGGGUCUCUCUGUGUCUCUUUCCCCUUGUUUUCGUUAUGGGUAAGAGGAAGCGAAGUGGCUCAGCUCCCCAUCAUCAUAACCCGCCAACCGAUCCUUCUUCUUCCCCAUCUCCCUCUGGUACGAUCCUUUCGUUCAUUUUGGCUGAUUUUUCGUCUUGUUGGGUUCGUUGGUUUCGGGGGAAAUUUUGUUGCUUGGACGGGGAUUUGAGGAAGCUGUUGAAAUUGGAUGAUGGGUUGUGUUUUAACUUGGCUAGAUUGCAUGAAUCUUUGAGAAUCGAUUGAGCUGGGUUUGUUGUAUUUACUGAUAUCUAGGGGGAACUCCCGAGAGAUUUGUUUGCUUUUGGGUAAACAUUUGGCAUCUUUUACUCAUGUAGAAUGUCCAAAUAGGAAAGAUUAGGUCUUGGUUUUAGUUGGUUUUUCGACUUUGAUUGAUUGAGCUGUGGAUUGUCAUUUUACCAAAUCGAAAAUUGGGAAAUGGAGAUCCUGAGAGAUGAUGUUGUUUGGAAUUGAUAAUGCAGUCAUUGUCUUUUUUGCCUUCCAAAAUGAUUGCCUCUACAUGCAAGAAGCUGGAGAUGGCUAUGUCGAAUCCCUUUUGUUCAUUGUGGAGCUUACAUCGAAUGAUCACGAAUAGAAUCAGACUGUUCAGACUCUGUGAUAGGACGUGAUAGCAAUGGCAAUCUGUUGUAUUUGUGGUUUGUGCAUAGCAUCUUCCUUAAUUGUAGUUUUCGGAUUGAAAACUCGAAUUGCGGUUUGGAUGGAUGUAAGCAUGAAACUUCCUAACAAACUGAGGCACAUUUCAAAUUUUGGGGAUCUCUUGCUGUAUGAUCAGUAGCCUGCAUCCUUUCCUUUUCUGGCUUUUGCCUGUGUAUUCUAGACAGGGAGUGCCCCACAAUAGUUUAGAUAAGAGAAACCGGCGGUCUCGUAACGAACAAUUGCUAUGUGAGAUAAGAACUCUGUUUGUGGCUCGUGUUUACUCUAUAUAUAUUGGACGGAAUAUGUUGAUUCAUAUUGUGAAUGUGAAUGAUGCAGGUGAUAUGCCCUUCUCUUCUGGAAGGGGAUCACUACCCCACGAGGAUUCUGCUGAACUGAAGCCUCCUUCGCUAGGGAUGCAAGCACAAGAGAACUCCACCAGAUUGCUCAACUUGCACUCGUCUCUCUCACAACAGCACUACAACCUUGGUCGAUCGAUAUCGCUGAAACGAUCACGUCAUCAUUAUGGACAUCAUUACUCUCGUAGGAACACAGGAAGCCAUGCUGGUCCAUCAUUGCCUUCUCAUGGGAGGAAUCACCACCUUUCACACGAUGAGAGACUCCCCUUCAAGUUUGGCAGUCAACACGAAGCAAGUCUACAGUUCAGGCAUCAGGGAGGUGAAGUUAACCUUACGACUGAGUUUACUUUUUCCUUAUUGUACUCAAUAAAGAUGGUAUGCGGGAUCUGCCAGAAGCUGUUGAGACGAAAGCCUUACUCCCUUGGUGACUUGCCAUCAUCCUCCGGUGAAUAUGCUGUUGUAGCUGUUCUGGUUUGUGGCCAUAUGUAUCAUGCGGAAUGUUUGGAGGAGAAUACGAGCCUCGAGAACACAAGUGACCCUCAAUGCCCACAGUGUUGUGUGUAGAUUACCUCUCUCAACUGAAGUGGACACACGAUCUGUAACUUCUGUAGAUAUACAGCAGAUAGUUUUAGAUGGAUAACUAGAGAGAGAUAUAGGUGGC